CGGCUCAGGCUGGCUGUCUACCACAGACCGCAGAGCGUCCCAUUAAUCGUACUGUUGUCGACUAGCCAGGUGCUAAGUCAGCUAACUUUAAUCGGCAUUCAACGCUGUGGAGGAAUGGCGUUAUAAUGUUUUUCAAAUCAGGCUCCAUUAGACGUAGUGUAUCUGUGUUUCUGGUUGCCUUUAAUUGGCUAGCUUUUAGCUAACGCGGAAGGUAUCUCCAGGGAGUCAUCAAUGAUCAGCGUGAUUGCCAAGCUACCCAGCUAAUUUCUGCAAGCAUUUCCGCCGUUAAGGAUGUCCAAACGCAUGAGGAACACGGAGGUGUGUGCAGACUGUUCCGUCCCAGAACCCCGCUGGGCCUCAGUAAAUAGGGGGGUGUUUAUUUGUGAUGAGUGUUGCAGUGUUCAUCGAAGUCUGGGCAGGCACAGCUCACAAGUUCGCCAUCUGACUCACACGCCAUGGCCUCCUACACAGCUACAAAUGGUUCAGAUGUUAUACAGCAACGGCGCUAAUUCAAUUUGGGAGCACUCUCUUCUGGACCCAGCGUCUGUAAUGAGUGGAAAACGCAAGGCCAACCCCCAAGACAAAUUGCACCCCAACAAAUCAGAAUUCAUCAAAGCUAAAUAUCAGAUGUUGGCAUUUGUCCACCGCAUACCUUGUCGGGAGGAUGACAGCUCAACAGCCAAGGACUUGAGCAAGCAACUCCAUUCAAGUGUUCGCACUGGGAAUCUUGAGACCUGUUUGAGGUUGCUCUCCCUAGGAGCUCAAGCAAACUUUUUUCACCCUGAAAAGGGAAACACUCCCUUGCAUGUGGCCGCAAAGGCAGGGCAAGUCUCUCAGGCUGAACUCUUAACUGUUUACGGCGCCGAUCCUGGAGCCCCAGAUAGCAAUGGCAAAACUCCCAUUGACUAUGCCAGGGAGGCGGGACACCAUGACCUAGCAGAUCGACUGGUAGAAAUUCAGUAUGAGCUGACAGAUCGGCUGGCGUUCUACCUGUGUGGAAGAAAACCAGAUCAUAAAAAUGGGCAACAUUUCAUCGUUCCUCAAAUGGCUGACAGCAGUUUAGAUUUAUCUGAACUGGCCAAGGCAGCAAAGAAGAAGCUGCAGUCACUAAGUAAUCACUUAUUUGAGGAGCUGGCCAUGGAUGUGUAUGAUGAGGUGGACAGACGAGAGACUGAUGCAGUGUGGUUAGCAACACAGAAUCACAGUGCCCUUGUGACGGAGACAACUGUGGUGCCUUUCCUUCCUGUCAAUCCAGAGUAUUCAUCCACAAGGAAUCAGGGUCGCCAGAAACUUGCCAGAUUCAAUGCCCAUGAAUUUGCAACUCUUGUCAUUGAUAUACUAAGUGAUGCAAAGCGAAGACAACAAGGGAAUUCAGCAACCAGUCCCAAAGAAAAUGUGGAACUUAUCCUGAAGAAUAUGUCUGCUCGGCCAAGCAGUGACAGCCAGGAUAAUGACCAACCCGACUAUGACAGCGUGGCAUCAGACGAGGAUACGGACCAGGAGCUCCCCUCAAGUAAAGGAGAUAGGACAAAGAGCCUGGAUUCUGACCUCUCUGACGGCCCCAUCACCAUGCAGGAGUAUCUCGAGGUGAAAAACGCGCUCUCGGCCUCCGAGGCGAAAAUACAGCAUCUCCUGAAAGCCAACAGCAAUCUGAGCGAUGAGCUGCGACUAAUGCAGAAAAAGCUGCAAUCUCUGCAAAGUGAGAACACCUCUCUUAAGCGCCAGGUCACAGCCAAUAUCUAUCAGAUCCCCAGCACAUCAGACUAUCCCGACCCCUCCAGUCCUUCGGCCCUGAAACGCCGGCAAUCCGCUCGGGCGAGUCGGCCCAUGUCUAUGUACGAGACCGGCUCGGGCCUGAAGCCCUAUCUCCCUAAAGGGGAAAGUCCUUAUCCAGAGGAGGCUAUCCCCACCCUGCAUCCCUUUCCACCUCAUAAGGAAAAGGGUGCUUUUGUGACCACCUCUUCAUCCCUCCCCUCAUUUCCGUCCACCCUGUCCUGGUCCAAGGAUGAAAGUAAUCUAAAGGCCUCCAAGUUGGACAAGCAGAGCAGCAUGCCCGAAAGCGAUUAUGACAAUACAUUCAAUGACUCAGAGGUGGACGAUUCAGGCGUGUCCAGAAGAGGGAGGCUGAGGAGCAGCGGCCGAUUAGGGGAGGGCAGCUCUAUCCCUGAGCUGGACGACGCGGAGGUGGAAUCGGACCCGACCCUACCAAGCACCGAGGAUGUCAUCCGCAAAACCGAGCAGAUCACUAAGAAUAUUCAGGAGCUUCUGCGAGCAGCUCAGGAUAACAAACACGAGAGACCGUGUGAGCGUGAAGCCGUGCGCCGCCUCAGGCACAGUCUGGGAUGUUUCAGCACUCUGGUACCCUGGGCUGAGAAGCCCUCCGCCCCUCUUCAUCCACUCAGCCUGCGAUCCCCCGACCCCUCCUCCUGCUUCAUACCCUGCUCAGAAAGAAUACACGUAGCUGUAACAGAAAUGGCUGCUCUCUUUCCAAAGAGGCCACGCUCGGAGACGGUAAGAAGCUCUCUGCGCUUGUUGACGUCCAGCGCGUGCAGGCUUCAGGGCGAAUGCCGGAAGGCACUGCCUCCAGAAGGCUUCCCAGGACCGGACAUGCAGCUUGUCACCCAGCAGGUCAUCCAAUGUGCUUAUGAUAUUGCCAAGGCAGCCAAGCAGCUUGUCACCAUCACCACUAAGGAGAACACCAACUGACAGCACUUACAAGGCUGAAUCACCUCAAGCAUCCAAGUCAUUGGGUUCAAUUAGUUUGUUUUCUUCUUACAUUUGUGGUAUAUGCAUGCAUUCGUGUUAUUAUUUUUUUGAUAAUUUGUCAUAGAUGGGACUCCUUACCACCAAAUACUGCACCUGUAAUAGCACAACUUUCCUCAACUCCUCAUGUGACAGCCAAUAGGAUUAAGCACACUCAUAGGAAAUCCAUUUAAAACCACAUUAUAAGCUUUCCCUCAUUCAUUGUAAAAUAACAGGGGUCAUGCCAUAAAGAUGUCGGAGCCAAAUUUGCUUUGAGAAAUUUUUAUUUUGUUAUUUGCGCAAUUGCGGCUGGCUGUUUGGAUUAAGCCUUAAGCUACUAAAGCCAGAGGCUAUAAAGCAGUGGUUCUUAACCCGGGUUUGAUUGAACACAAGGGGUUCGGUGAAAGUUAAGACAGGUAGGGCACUAUUUUUGGACGCUGACUAAAUCCAGGCAAAGUGGCAUUUUAGACCAGGUAUUGGACUGGUUAGUCCCCAAUUUACAAGCCUUCCAAUUUUUCAACUGCUAGUCCUCUAUUUGAUGGGAUGGUUUGCUCAGUGGAAGGUUGACUCUAAUUUUGUAUGAGGAAGUACAGCAGACUUGUGGGUAACGUGCACUAGGGCUGGGCGAUAUGGCCUUAAGUACGUAUCACGAUAAAUUGAGCAGAUUUUCCUCGAUAACGAUAAAUGACGAUAAAUUCGCCGAAGCAGACUUAUAUAAUUUGAAAAUUUGUAUCAAUGCAUGGAAUACAAAUUAACCGUUUCUCGUUAAAUUUAUUUAACCAGCUUUCAAUUUAACAAUUGCACAUGCAGUCUAAACAUUAAGUAUUAAAAAAAAUAUUGUAAACAAUAAGAAUUCUAGUGUGAACAUUUAUAACAGCUUGUAUGACUUGAAAAAUGUACAACAUUAUAAAAAUCAAUAUGACGACUGUGCAAACAUGUCAUUCUAACAGAAAUGACUUGCAGCUUUAACAAAACCCUUCAGACAACUUAUUGGUAAUGGCUGCUGUAACAAUUAUUCAACACGUGUUUACGUCAAGGUCCCCCCCCCCCCCCGAAACAUUUUUUAAUACAUGCACCCCCCACACAGACACAACCAGAUUAAAGCUGUAUUGCUCUGAUGCUAAUGAAACAUUUAAGGUUUUAUGAUGGCAGAAUAAAGCAAACACAUACAGAAAAAUAGCUGUGGCCAUUAAACUGUCAUAUAUAGGCUUCACUGUUGGAUUAUACUUCAUGCUGAGUGCUUUACCAUCAUGAAAGCUUUCAGAGAAAUCACACAGAGAUGCCAAAUAACGCGACAUGAUGAUUGCUAGAUAAGUCCAUGCCCAGUCCACUCAUUAAUUUCAGCCGUUUCGACAAGGUUAGAGCUGCUGUCAGACUCUUUCACGUUCAUUUGUAGCCGUUGUUAGCCGCUAGCGUUAGCCUGUGGCUUGGCUGCCAGAAGAAAGCACUGAAAGCAUCCUCUCCUGAUAUCGUGAGAACCAGGGAGGACAGCGGGUGAAAGCCCAUCUGGAACCCGCCAAGAGUUUACUUAAUGUCGGGUGAAAGACAUUAAGCCCGACUCCAUCCCGUUUACUUGUAGCGUUAGCCGACCGGGCUUCUGUUUGAUUGGCUUCCUGAAAACCACGUGACUCCAUACGUAAUCACACUGUCUGCUUUCUUAAAGGGGAAUGAACUAGAGCUGAAACGAGUACUCGAGCAACUCGAGUUUAAAAACUGAUCAGAGUAAUUUUAUUCACCUCGAGUAAUCGUUUAUUUUGACAGCUUUAAGCAUCACGUUUUGCUCGGACUACUUUCAAUGCGGGACAACGCGCUGUCACGUGCGGAGAGGAAGAAGGAAAAAAAAAAACUUACUGCAGCCGACAGCCGCCACAAACGACGCCGACGUUGCUAAAUACUAGCCCGCACGAUGCUACGUUGGUAACAGGUACCAUCUGAUGCGUCUCAUAGAGAUCACAUGUAUGUUGAACUAGAUGCGAAAUGACAGACUCGGCCGCGUCUGGGCAGCGUUAGUAAACAGCCGCCAUCUUAAAACAGUAGAGCGCUAAGCGCUAAUAAAUAAGAUUAACGUUACUGUCGCUACUAGCUCACGUAACGUUAGCCCUGCGGAGGGCUAGGUUUCAAUUAAUUAUGACCACUGUCGAUGCGUGGCUAACGUGUCUUACAUACAGGCUUUAACAUAACAUAGCAUUGUGGAGUGAUGAGGGUGUAAAAUAAAAACGUAAUCAUGCUAACUAUCAAUUUUAGCUCAGUAGUCAUUGCUGGAUAAAACACCAAGUAGCACUGGUCCCUAAUGUGCUCCAAUACAGCCUGUAUCAUACAUUUAUUUUGAACACUGCAAAAACUCAAAAUCCUAUCAGGACUUACAGUUUAGACUAACUUAAAAUGGCUUGACACAAAGAGAAAUUCAAUUGAAACACGUGGGAAAAAAUCCUAACUUUUAAGUGAUGUGUGUUAUCAAGCGUAACGGCAUUUUUAGGUAAGAUAAAUAUAUAUAUAUAUUUAAAAAAAAAAAAAAAAAAAGAUUUAAAAGUUUUUUGAGUGAAAGCAGUGAAUUAGUCUUUUUUUAAAAUUCUAGUUACAUCUGAGAUGCAAUUGUUGGCUGUUUUCAACAAUAUACAUCGAAAAUAAAGACAUGGACUGAAAAUGGUUCAAGAUUAGAUGAAAUGUCUUGUUUUCUCAUGUAUAUUUAGAAUUGCUCUUCACCUAAAAAUAUAUUUGUUUUAUCCGAUUACUCGAUAGAAUUUUCAGUCGAUUACUCGAUUACUAAAAUAUUCGAUAGCUGCAGCCCUAGAAUGAACAUAGCCGAACAACACAACGUCAAAGCGGGAUAAAAAGAUAUAUUUUCUUGUUUUAUUAAAUUACCGAAUUUACCGACAUGGUCAAAAUUACGUCGGUCAUCUUGAAGAAUUUCGGUGACGGUAAAUUUUCGGUUUACCGCCCUGCUCUAACGUGCGCUGCGUUUACAUUAAACAUUUUUUUUAAAAAGUAUGUGUGGCAAGGAUGUGAUAGAAUGAGAAUGUCGACACGAAAGCAAGAAUGAAAAUCAAACCAAAAGGCAAAAUUAUUAGGGCUGUCAAACGAUUAAAAUUUUUAAUCGAGUUAAUCACAGCUUUAAAAUUAAUCGGAAUUAAUCGCAAUUCAAACCAUCGCUAAAAUCGCCGUAUUUUUCUGUAAAGUAUUGUUGGAAUGGAAAGAUAAGACACGAUGAUGUAUACAUUCAACAUAGUGUACAUACAGUGCCCUCCAUAAUUAUUGGCACCCUUGAAAAAGAUGUUUUUUAGCUUCUAAUAUAUUUUUUUUAUUCAAAUAAUAUGGGACCUUAAUGGAAAAAAAGAGAAAAAUCCACCCUUCAAUACAAGUGCAUUCAUUCAGUGGGGAAAUAAUCCCACAUUAAGAAAAAAUGAUUUGACAUCAAAUAACGUGUGUCACAAUUAUUAGCACCCCUGGUGUUAAUACUUUGUACAACCCCCUUUUUCCAACAAAACAAGGUCUGGGGACUGAGAUGGCCAUGGGAGGAGCUUGAUUUUGUGUCUGGUGAACCAUUUCUGUGUAGAUUUGGCCAUAUGUUUAGGGUCAUUAUCUUGCUUGGGGGGGGGGUUAACCUAUGCUGCCAACACUUGUCGUCCAACAUGCCUCAUAACAUGCAUCGCUACAGAUGUAAACGACAAUCAAAAUUUAUGUUCUGUGCUAAUUAUUUCUUCAGUUACUGUUCCAGUUGUUUCAUUAAUUGCUAGUUAGGGUAUUUGAUAACACUUUAUGUGACAGUGGCACCAUAAAACCAUCAUGAUUUUGACAUCAGACUAGGGCAACAGCUAUCAAAUAUUUUAGUAAUCGAGUAUUCGACUGAAAAUUAUAUCGAUUAAUCGAGUAAUUGGAUAAAACAUUUUCUUUAGGUAGGGAGCAAUUAUAAAUAUUUCAUCUAAUACUGAACCAUUUUCAGUCAAUCAAUGUCUUUAUUUUUUAUGUACAUUGUUGAAAACAGCCAACAAUUGCAUCUAAGAAGUGACUCGAAAAAAUUUUUUUUUUUUACUCUUUUCACUCAAAAACUUCUAAAUCUUAUUUCUUACCUAAAAAUUUCAUUACGCUUGAUAACACACUUGGGCUGCAGCUAUCGAUUAUUUUAGUAGUCGAUUAAUCAAUGAACUAGUUAGUUCGAAUAAUCGACUAAUCGGAUAAACAUGAAAAAAUUUCAUGGUGGUUUAUUUGGUCUUAUGACAGUCGUAUGAUGCCGAUUGUCAAAUAUAGUGCUACCAGUUGAUAUCUUUUGGUCUAAAUAUCCCAUAAUACGGUGAGAACAGCUGCGGCUUAUAGUGCAGUGCGGCUUAUCUAUGAACAAAUGCCGUUUUCGUGUCACAUUUGGUGGGUGGCGGCUUAUAGUCAAGUGUGCCUUAUAGUUUGAAAAUUACGGAUUAUUGCACAAACAUAAAAUCUGAGUUGUUGCAUAAUGUAAAAAAACAAGCAUAAAGAAAAGUUAAUACACUCAUGUAAAGCUAUUGGAACACGAGGGGCUGGUAAAGAUGACGCUGGGAUACACAUACAGUAGAGGUCCCUCUUAGCCAACUGGAUGCCAGGAAUGCUAGGCAAUAUCUUUGGGCACCUAACGAUUCGAUUACGAUUCAGAGGCUCCGAUUGGAUUAUAAAACGAUUAUUGAUGCACCCCCCUCCUUUUUUUUUUUUUUUUUGUACAUUAGUUCCAAAAUUGUUCAAAAAUACUCUCAGGCUAAACCAAACUACCAUUUCAGUAUCAAGUUAACAUAUAGCAGUAAACAAAUAUACAAAAAUAACUAGCGCUGGGAAUCUUUGGGCACCUAACGAUUCGAUUACGAUUACGAUUCAGAGGCUCCGAUUCGAUUAUAAAACGAUUAUUGAUGCACCCCCUCCUUUUUUUUCUUUUCUUUUUCUUUGUACAUUAGUUCCAAAAUUGUUCAAAAAUACUCUCAGGCUAAACCAAACUACUAUUUCACUAUCAAGUUAACAUAUAGCAGUAAACAAAUAUACAAAAAUAACAUUAAAUAAAAAACUCCAGUCCCCAUUCUGUAUCAGCAGCUUCAAACUACAUUCAGUUAAAGUUGUUAAAAUUGCUCCCGUUAUUCCAUAAUUUCCCUAAAGUUUUAAAAAUAUUUUAAAGAUAGAUUCAAGUCAAUAUUUUACCGAUUUAGGAGUAUUUUAGAUAAAAAGUUAAUUAGGUUUGCUUGGAAGGUUCGCUACAACAGCCUUGCAGGGAAGUGUACUGCUUUAAGAUGGCGGCCAUUUACUAAGGCUCGCAUCUAGCUUUUUGUAGAUGUGCUGUUAACACUACCGAAUCUAUAAUGCAUCUAGUCUUAUAUAACGGAUAUCUACCGUAACAUUAUGUGGCUGUACUUUGUAGCAGCUUUUCGGCAGCAGUCAGGUAUGUUGUUGUGUUUUUUUUUAUCUCGUGGCAUGAGUUGAGCAUUGGCAUUACCCGAGGGGCCGGGUAAUGAGAAGCAUGAUGUUUAGCUACUCUCGCUCCGUUCCGUCCCGAAGACCGCGCGGCGCGCUGAGUGUGUUGUACUUCCGCUUUACUUGGCAUAUUUCAAUAAUCGGAAUUGUGAAUCGUUCUCGAAUCUUCCACGGCCGAAUCGCGAAUAAUCUAAGAAUCGGAAAUUUUGCACACCUUUACUAGGCAAUAGCCAAUGGCAGAGCAGCUGUAAGUAUCUUGCCUUUUGUAUCCUGAAAUUUCAAUUUUUUCCAGUUUAGGUGUGUCUGAACCUGAAAAUUCUGUAUGUAGAGACGUUCUUAAGUAAAGGUACAACUGUAUCGAUUUUGAAUUUGGCGAAGAAAAAAAAAAAUUCUCAUUCCAAAGAGUUCGGUUAAUACACAUGUGAAACUCAUAGCGUUCGGUACCUUUGGCAAGGUUAAGAACCACUGCUAUAUAGGAAACCCGAUUUCCUAUGAGGAAGUUGGUUAUUUUGUUUGAAACGACGCGGAAAGGAGAGGCACUUUGUCAACCGUUCCCUUAGGUUUAGUUUGUUGGUUUGCGGCCACAAUUUACGUUUUAUUUGGAAGAACUCGAUUUAAGUAACCUUGGGCGCUAUUACACAACAAUCAAACGCGCACGCCAUAGGUGGAGUUUGACUGUUGGGGCAGGGGGGGGCACAACAUGUUGAUGACCCAGAAAGUGUCAGCAAUAAAAUUAAUUUACAAGAAUAUUUAUAAUAAUAAGUUGAAAAUGAGCGUUUUUUUUUUUUUUUGGUUUCCCAU